UCCCGCCCUCUCGCCCUCCCGCCAUGCUCUGCGCCUCGGGCCGCCUCCUAGCCGCCCGGGCGGCGACCCCGCUCCCCGCCCCGCCCAGAGCCCGGGGCCCCGCGCUCCGCUCCCCGCGCAGGGAACUACAUUUCCCAGGACAGCCCGAGCCGCCCCCCUGGGAGUCCCCGGCUGGGCCGCUGACGAGACAGAGCGCGUCUCCGCACCGGAGGGUCAUUCUGAGGUGGGGGAGGAUGCCGCCGGCCGUGGGCAGAGGCCUGGCAGGGUCAGAGCUGCGUCUCCGGAGGAGCCGCUGUGGGCCCCGAGCUGCUAGGGCUGUAGGCCGGGACGGGGCCACCCAGGCCGCAGCACGAAGCCCCAAACGGCGGGAUCCGGGCUCGCGGCGCUUCGAGGGGGCGGGCCGGCAGGCACUGCUGGCCCUGGUAACGCUGCUGUCCUUCGCCACUCGCUUCCACCGUCUGGACCAGCCACCGCACAUCUGUUGGGAUGAGACUCACUUUGGAAAAAUGGGAAGUUUCUAUAUCAACCGCACCUUUUUCUUUGACGUGCACCCACCUCUGGGAAAGAUGCUGAUAGGUCUUGCAGGCUACCUGAGUGGAUAUGAUGGUACCUUUUUGUUCCAGAAGCCAGGAGACAAAUACGAGCAUCACAGCUACAUGGGAAUGAGAGGAUUGUGUGCAUUCCUUGGAUCCUGGUUGGUCCCCUUUGCCUACCUCAUUGUAUUGGAUCUGUCCAAGUCCCUCCCAGCAGCACUGCUCACUGCUGCUCUUCUCACCUUUGACACAGGAUGCCUCACUCUAUCCCAGUACAUCCUCCUUGACCCCAUUUUGAUGUUCUUCAUCAUGGCUGCCAUGCUAAGCAUGGUCAAGUACAACUCCUGCGCCAACAGGCCGUUCUCUGCCCCCUGGUGGUUCUGGCUUAGCCUGACUGGCAUCAGUCUUGCUGGUGCUUUAGGGGUCAAAUUUGUUGGCCUCUUUAUCAUCCUCCAAGUGGGGUUGAACACAAUUGCAGACCUGUGGCACCUGUUUGGAGACCUCAGUCUUUCACUGGUCACUGUGGGAAAACACCUGAUGGCUCGUGUCCUGUGCCUCAUAGUACUGCCUCUGGUGCUCUACAUGGCCAUUUUUGCUGUUCACAUUAUGGUGCUGAAUAAAAGUGGUCCUGGUGAUGGUUUCUUCAGUUCUGCCUUCCAAGCCCGGCUUUCAGGGAACAACCUUCACAAUGCUUCCAUCCCCGAACAUUUGGCUUAUGGCUCUGUGAUCACAGUGAAGAACCUCCGGAUGGCCAUUGGCUACCUGCACUCCCAUAGACACCUCUACCCUGAGGGCAUUGGUGCCCGUCAACAGCAGGUCACCACCUAUUUGCACAAGGACUACAACAACCUGUGGAUCAUCAAGAAACAUAAUACAAACUCAGCAGAUCCUCUAGACCCUUCAUUCCCAGUGGAGUUUGUGAGACAUGGAGACAUCAUUCGACUAGAACACAAAGAGACUUCUCGGAACUUGCACAGUCAUUACCAUGAGGCCCCCCUGACCCGGAAACAUUUUCAGGUCACCGGCUACGGCAUAAAUGGGACAGGAGACUCAAAUGAUUUCUGGCGGAUUGAGGUUGUAAACAGAAAAUUUGGGAACCGGAUCAAAGUGCUAAGAAGUCGAAUUCGCCUCAUCCAUCUGGUCACAGGUUGUGUCCUUGGUUCCUCAGGAAAAAUUUUGCCCAAGUGGGGCUGGGAGCAGUUGGAAGUUACUUGUACUCCAUACCUGAAACAAACACUCAACUCCAUCUGGAAUGUGGAGGACCAUAUCAAUCCCAAAUUGCCAAACAUCAGUCUGGAUGUGUUGCAGCCCAGUUUUCCUGAGAUCUUGCUGGAGUCCCACAUGGUCAUGAUUCGGGGGAAUAAUGGCCUUAAGCCCAAGGACAAUGACUUCACAUCCAAACCCUGGCACUGGCCUAUCAACUACCAGGGCCUGCGCUUCUCAGGGGCCAAUGGCACAGACUUCCGAGUCUAUCUGCUCGGCAACCCGGUGGUUUGGUGGUUGAAUCUGGUGAGCAUUGCUCUCUACCUCCUCUCAGGAAGCAUCGCUGCCAUCGCCAUGCAGAGAGGCGCAAAGCUGCCCACAGAGGUGGAAGGACUGACCCGGGUCCUGCUGCAAGGAGGUGGCCAGGUGCUGCUUGGCUGGAUGCUGCAUUACUUCCCGUUUUUCCUGAUGGGCCGGAUCCUCUACUUCCACCACUACUUCCCAGCUAUGCUCUUCUCCAGCAUGUUGACAGGUAUUCUGUGGGACACGCUCCUGCGGCUCUGUGCUGGGGCCCUGACCUCCUCUUCCCUGGCCAGGGGUGUACAUGCAGUGGGAAUCCUGAGCCUGCUCCUGGGAACUGCCUACAGCUUCUACCUCUUUCACCCCCUGGCUUAUGGGAUGGUUGGUCCUCUGGCCCAGGACCCCACAAGUCCAAUGGCAGGACUAAGGUGGCUGGAAUCAUGGGAGUUUUGAGACCACUAUGAAGACCCCUGCCUGGGUCCAGGAAUUGCCUGGGGACAGCCAGCUCUGGAGCUUCUGGAACUCGAAGAAUUCUGCCACUGCUAGCACCAAGCUCCAGGAGCAAACCCAGAUUUGACCCAGCAGUACAGAGCCCCACCCCUGUCUGCAGCACCUACAGAGUAUCUCUCUACCUGGUUCCCCAAGUGUGCAACCCAGGGGAGCAUGAGUGUGCAAGAGGGUGGCUAUGAAUGUGGAAGAGUAUAUGAGGUUAUGUUUGUCAAAUCCCUGUGGAAUACAGACCUUGUGACUGACUAUAAACAACCAAGUGUCAUAAUCACUAAGAAACAGUGUGGGGCUACAGUAGUUUUUCUGAUAUGUUGUUUUAUACUAGAUGUGGUUUGAUUUUGGAUUGUAAGAUCCAUAAGAAAUUCUCUGAUCUCUUAAGAGCACUGAGUGCUGACCCCACCUUGGGAUGUCACCAAGACACAGCAGAUAGGACCAUCAAAGCUGUGCCGCUCUCCUUCCCACCACCAAAAGAAUCCAGGUGAGGAGCACAAGCCUCGAAGUUGGAGAACUUGCCCCCUGCUGUCUCCUGGGGCAUCGUCUGUGGCCACAAGUGGCUGGAUUGCUGCCAUUGCUGUGCAUAGAAUACUGCACUUCGGGGGUGAGGUGGUGAACUUGCUAGCGCUUGACUGGCCUUCCUUAGCCCUUAUCCUUGUUCUCUGGAAAUGUCACUCUGAGAGUAGUUGGAGGAACCCUCUCCCAACCUGGGCCACUUUAGGUACCCAGGCCCCCUACAUCAGAGAUUGUUUCCUGCUGUCCAUCUCUUUCCUUCUGCAUUCAUCCUGACCAUGAAGUCUGAGCCGGAUGUGUUCUCCUGGUUGCUAGGUGACCCCCCUGGGGACCUGAACAUUGAAAGCAGGUGAGAGUCAGAGCAGGGACUGUGUGGUGCAGGGCUGGAAUCCCAGGAGGAUGCCAGAGCAUGGGAUACUCUGGACUGUCUGGACUCGUGUUCCCAUCCCCUGCUGAGCAUUCGGAUCUCGCUUUCCCAGCCUUCCCCUGCUGACAUUCCUCUUUGCUCCAUUGCUCUUUCCCUUUCUCUGUCACUGCUUCACCAGUCUCUGUUCCCUGAAGACCAGGGCUCCUAGACAUACAUGACUGCUUCUGCUGUCUGCUACUUCGAAGCUCAAACAAGGAGCUCAGAGCUGCUGCUUCCACAUCCUCCCCAAAGGGAUUAAGAAAAUUUCUGGGUCAGAACCGACCCAACCCAGAGUCAGCCCUUCAGUAUAGGACAUGCCUCCCUCCCCUCCUAAUCAGGACAGGGCAGGGUGUUCAUUUUUGUCUUGGAGGACUUUGAUGCUUCCAGGUUUAAUGAUGAAUUUCUGCCACACUGCAUCUUUCCUCUGUUGUAGCUCCCAACAACUCUGACAGGGUCAGAGCUCUUUAAAGCAUCUUCAGAAGGCGGUUGCCACGGAGACUGGAAAUUGGUCUCAGGGACAGGCUGUGCUACCUAUUGAGUGGUGGGGAGGGAAGCUUCUGGGCCAUGCUUAGACAUUGAGACCAAGCAUCAUUAAUGUUAAUAGAGGAAGCACAGCCACGUGAAAAACAAGGCAGGGCAGUUAAUUAGAUCCGAGGCCCAUGACCUCCCUGUCCUGGUGCUGCAGCCCUUCUGACUUCCCCCAGCAGGAAGUGCCGCCUGUGUCCUGAGUCUGGGCUGCCUGCUUAAUUGCAUUUCUGGUGGGGAAGGACAGCAGGAAUGGAGAAGCUCUGUGUAUCCAUCUUUUCCCCCACCCUCCCCACAGACAGGGUUGUUUUCUUCUGAGCUGGGUUGGGACACCAUCUGGAGGGGCUCUCUUAAGGAUAGGAUGUGGGAAUCUUCAUGGCUCUUAGCAAAGGUGGUGGUCCACAAUGAUAUCCCAGAGGUGGCUGAUUUUUCUUUGUGCCUUCUCAUUUCCCAAGAAGAACCUGCUGGAAGGGAGGAACGCUGAAGGAGUCAGAGGGGGCAGCCUCUGAGAAGGGUGAGGAAAGAGAGGGCCAGCUCCCCACCUACCCUUCCCUCCUGAUUUGAACAAGUUUCUUCUACUGCUUUUUAAGAGUGGAAGAGAGAACUUCCUUAUCCACUCCUCCUUCCUUCAUGCCCAAGCUGGCAGACACUUUCCUGGGGACAAGGCCACGUGGGGUGAUGCAGCUCUGUGUGCUCAGUUUCUGCCACUUGAAGGUGCUGGGGAAAGAGACUGGCUGGUUGUUGCUCUGAAUGUGGGCUGUACCCUCUGGAGUUUACAGAAAUGUGACGUGUCCCACAAACUAUUGGGGGAGGAAGAAGAUGCCUGUCAGGCAACACAGACCCCAGCCAACAUCUUGAGCCACAUUUUAUUAAAAUUAAAAAAAAAAAAAGGUUUCUAGAGAUAAUCAGAGGCCUGUUACUUUUGUAAUAAAUAGCUCUUGUUUUGAAUGCCA